UGACCUCGCCUCCCACCGGUCGGCGCCUCACCUUCGCAUCUCCGUAUUACAGUCUCAUAGCUUCGUAUCUCUCUUUCAAUCUCCAUCUUCGUCCCACUCUUCCUCUCUAGCUACGCCACUCAAUUGCUUCCUUCGCCUUUCGAUCUCUCAAUCUCCGUCUAUCACUCAUGCCUCACCCACGGACGACUUCGUCUAUUUCCGAAAAAAUGCUUACACUUUGUCUACCUCACUAAAAAUCCUAACUUUGAUUAUAAUUAUUCAGAAAACAAUUUGCUUAUGGCUGCCCAAGCCAUCUCUGAAAGUGCCCAGAAAAUGGUCACCCCUGGAACCCUGCGCAAUGCAGCCAAACAAUCCCAACGCUGCCUCGUUGUCCCCGUGCGUCUACGUCGCGCCAUUAAAAAAUACUUACGAGAGGAGGAGGAGCCUCAUAUGAAGAAGAAGGUCUUAAGAUUGUCUCAAUCAUUCAAUCAAAUCAAGGAUGUCAACUUGCAGCUUACUGCUUCCACGUCAAAGGAGUUAGUUGAAGAUCCUUUCAAGUCUGUUAUACAAUCUAAACGUUGGAAGAUUCAGAGCUCUUAUGGUGACAUUGGUCUCACUUAUAGAGAUGACGAGACAAUUGCUUAUGUUGCAUCUCGAAUGCCUGCUGUUUACUCUGCAUGUUAUAGAGUGCUCAAGGAGGUUCGUAGAAGGCUUCCUGAUUUCUCCCCGGCUAAGGUAUUAGAUUUUGGUGCUGGAACAGGAUCAGCUUUCUGGGCACUUCGAGAUGUCUGGCCAAAGUCUUUGGAAAAAAUUAAUUUAGUAGAACCAUCACAGUCAAUGCAGCGUGCAGGUCAGAGACUGAUAGAAGGUCAGAAGAAUUUGCCACUUAUUCAUAGCUAUGAAAGCAUUCAAGCACUUUCAAAAAAUAUUGGUAAAUCUGAGAGAAAGCAUGACCUUGUAAUUGCAUCCUAUGUACUUGGAGAGAUACCAUCACUAAAGGAUCGUAUUACCUUGGUUCGCCAACUUUGGGAUCUAACACAGGAUGUUCUGGUUUUGGUUGAACCUGGGACGCCUCAUGGAUCUAACAUUAUAGCUCAGAUGAGAUCUCAUCUAUUAUGGAUGGAAAAAAGGAAAUUCCGUAAAAUUGCCCAUGGGAGCAAUGGAGUUUGUAAAGACUUGAUCACUCAGAAAAAUGGGGCUUUUGUUGUUGCUCCUUGUCCUCAUGAUGGCCCUUGUCCACUGGUAAAAACUGGAAAAUACUGUCAUUUUGUUCAGCGGUUGGAGAGGACAUCAUCACAGCGUGCAUACAAGCGUUCCAAAGGUGAGCCCUUACGUGGAUUUGAAGAUGAGAAGUUUUCUUAUGUUGCUUUCAGGCGAGGGCAAAGACCAAUGGGACCUUGGCCUCUUGAUGGCAUGCAAUUUGAGACUUUAAAGGAGCAGCAGGCGAAACGAAAUCCAGAGGAUCUUGAAAUUGACUAUGAGGACUUGUUGAAGUUACAAGAAGCUAGUGAUUCUCCUCAUGAAGGAAAGGAUUUGGUUACUUACGAUUCUGAUGUCGUUGAAACCGAGGCAGAUAACGACAGCGAGGAGGAUGAUGAGGGAAGCGAAGUGGAUGAAAUUGGUGGUGCUGAUGUUGGUGGUGGCUGGGGCAGAAUAGUUUUUAUGCCAGUGAGGAGGGGAAGACAGGUAGCAAUGAAUGUUUGUAGAUCCACCCAAAGGGAUGCCUCAGAGGGUUCUUUUGAUCGUAUUGUUGUUACACAGAGCAAAAAUCCUACAUUGCAUCAUCAAGCCAAAAGAUCUAUCUGGGGUGACUUGUGGCCCUGUUAAGGCAAACAAUUUUGGGAAAAUGGUUAAAUUCUCUUUCUUUUUGGGCUGGGCCAACCCACAAGUGAUUUUCAUUUUUGUGGGGUAAGUGAGGCCCAAAAAGUCGAAAAAUCAACCUGAGAUCCCUCAUUCCAUCAUCCCCAUGGCAAAGAUUGGAGUUCUUUUUUCUCCUUUCUUUCUAGAAGGGUGCUGCCAAUGAUUAGAUUAUGUGGGGAAAAUAAUAUCCGAUAUGUUUUUUCAAAAUGUAAGAUUUCUUGGGAGGACUAGUUUUCUGUAUUUUGAUGGCUUGCACAAGCUAGCAUUCAUUCCAUAGGUGUUUACUUCAUUCUGUAGGUGGUGUAGUUAUAUGCUCACACGUAUACGAAUGCUGCUGCUUAAGUAGGAUGCGACAAUACGCAUUCCAUGGAAUCUUCAAAAAGUGACGUAUUAUUGUUGUUUAAAUAUAUAAAUUUAUCUGCCGGAGGUUCAAA